AUGAACAUAGCAUCUUUCACUUCUAGUACCUUACCUUAUACGUAUACUCUCAUCCUUAUCAUCCAAGCAUCUCAGCACUAUAUCUUUAUGAGCCUGAACAGCCUUUGGAUGGGUUUGAAGAAUUUUGCCCAUUGCCAGCAAUCCAAGAUACUUGAGAUUUUGAUCAGAAUCCUCGAUCAACACUCCAAGUUUUUGAACACAUAGCUAAAAAAUAAAAAGGACGAAUGCAAGGUAGCUGAAACUGGUGUAGCCCUACUAGCGUACCUGUAUACUGGCUGCGUGGUCACCACCAGCCGAUAUGCUUAUCAACACAGCUAUAACGGUGUUGAUGCAUUCAUAGAGUAA